GUCACAUGAUGGAUAUCGUGAGGAAAGUGAUGGGCUCUUGGUACCGGAUGGACCUAAUUCCCGUUACGCAAGUCAGAAGGAAGUUUACGAUGAUCUUGGAAGAGGCAUUCUAGACAACGCUUUUAGUGGAUAUGCUUGCUCCCUGUUUGCCUACGGUCAGACUGGCUCGGGCAAGUCCUAUUCCAUAAUGGGCUAUGGACCUAAUCGUGGCAUUGUUCCCAUUGUUUGUGAGGAGUUAUUCAACCGAGUGCAACAAAAUACGGACCAGAAACUGACAUUCCAAGUCAGCUUUUCAAUGCUAGAAAUCUACAAUGAACAGAUACGAGAUCUACUCAACACAUCCAGUUCUCAGAAAUCUCUUCAACUGAGGCAAUCGCCUUCAAUGGGCUUCUAUGUGCAAGGGUUGACACAAAUUCCGGUCGGUUCCUACAAAGAAGUAGAACAACGUAUGAAACAAGGUAACUAUUUUAGAUUCAUGCGCUUAUCUGCAUGCCAAUUUGGCUUUAAUGAGGGACUCACGUAUAAUUCAGCUGAAUUCCUCGUUUAUGAUUUGCAUCUAAACAAGGCACUCGCCGAUGGAAAAAAAGUUGUGCCUUAUCGUGAUUCAGUGCUGACGAAGCUUUUGCAGAAUGCCCUUGGAGGAAACAGCAAAACAAUAAUGAUUGCGGCCAUCUCACCAGCUGAUAUAAACUAUCAAGAGUCUCUAUCAACCUUGCGCUAUGCUGAUCGAGCGAAGCGAAUAAAAAAUAAGGCCAUUGUCAAUGAAGACCCAAUGGAAAAACUCAUUCGUGAACUGAAGGAAGAAAACGAACGUCUUAAGUUGUCACUACAGUCUUCGGAGCUCCCACCUAAUGUGGACGGAAGGAACAUUUCCCCACAAGAAAUGGAGAAACUUCGAGUGGAAAUGCGUGAGGAACUAAUGGCUCAAAUGAAAGCCAAUAUGGCCGAAAUCGAGUCCCAGAAUCAACAGGCAUUCACUACGAAGCUGGAAGCUGCCAGGAAAGAAGCUGCUGAAAUGGCUAUCCGUUCUACGGCUCAAGAAGACAAAUCUGGAGGCACAGUUAAAAACAAGCCUUAUUUGGAAAAUCUUAACGAGGAUCCUCAGCUUUCUGGGAUAAUUAAACAUCUACUGGUUCACAAAACGACCGGAUUUGGACGUAAGCCACCUGCCGAACAGGAAGUCAAGAAGCAAAAGGUGCACUGGAUCACUAUCCAAGGGCUGGGACUUGCAGACCAACAUGCUUUUCUGAUUCGACAUGGGAAGUCUGGGGCGGAAAUUGAAAUUCGUGUUGCUCCAGGGGCAAGUAAGCUUACGAAAGUCAAUGGUAUUCCGCUCAAAGAGUCAACAAUCCUAAAGAACAAGGACCGUGUACUUUUUGGAUCCUACCAGCUGUACGUCUUUCAUAACCCGUUGGACAGUUCGAACGGACAACACAAUGCUGAUCUAUCAGAUGAAGUUAUAGACUGGGAAUUCGCACAGAGAGAGUUGGCCAGAGCGUCUGGUAUCGACGGCUUUGACGGAAAGCCGAAAAGUAAAGAUGAUAUGAUCAUUCAGAAACAGUUGUUGGAGUUGAUUCCAAUGGUUGGAGAAGUGAACGAGAUUGCUGAAGAACUGGACAAGGCGCGCAGUUUUGAUCUGCUCCUAAUUCCGCCAACGGCACAGGGACUACCCUAUGGUGAAGCAGGUACAACCAAAUUGAUGAUUCGGAUGCGUGACUCAACUACCAGUCAUGUGUGGUUAUGGGAUCGGGAGAAGUUUAUGGGGCGUCGGUUUGUAAUGCAGGAGAUGUAUCAAAACUAUUUACAUGACGUCAAAAAGAAGACCUCGGAAGAAGAUGAUCCGUUUGUUGACAGCCUCGACGACAAGCUCCUGGGUGUGGCGCCAGUUUACCUUCAAGCGCUUGGUUAUCGCCUUGAUGUAGAUGAUAAAUUGAGUGUCAUGAGUUUCGAGGGUGAAGUUGUGGGCACUUUGUACUACCAACUAAUUCCGUGCACCAGAGCCGGGAAACCACUGACGGAAUUGAGCCCUGCUGAACGGAUACAUUGUGACAUCGUCAGCGAUCCUAAUGAACUUUUGGGAAAGCCUUUUCAUUACAAGAUCCUGUUAAGCGACUUGGAUCUCAGUGACGAAUAUGAUGGAGUGCAAGUCAGAAUCCGUUAUCGUGUGUUCAAGGAGACGGAUUGGACCGUGGUGAACUUCCCGAUUGAUUAUUUCAGAAGUGGUGCAACCAUCCGCAAUCUGAUUGACCAUAGCCGUGUUAUAUCAAUUACGCAGGUCACAUUUGAUCAUCUGAACUACUUUGAAAACAGUUGUAUCGGCUUCCUGGUGUACGCUUCACAAAGUAAUGGCAAUAAACGCGGAUCAGGGGCCGCUACAAAAGUUUGUCAUUUAUUUGUCGUCUUUCCUUCUGAACAUUGGAUAUUUCAGGAAACGAAUCCUCUGGCAAGUUCUGUGAGGGCCUCGCGUCGUUGCUCUACAGUUCAAGCCGAAGAGUGUAUGGAUGUGAAUAGGAUGAAAACGGAAUUGUGUUUGCUGCAACGAAACCUUGAGCAGUAUGCCGCAUGUCAUGAGAAACUAAAGGGUCAACCUUUUUCUGCCGUCCCCUUUUGGAGGAAGGCAGCACCACUGCCUAAAUUAACACGGAUAUGCUGGUCAGCUGAAGGAAGCACUCAACCGCCUUCAAACUGUCUCAAAGGACAAUACAACUGUACCUCCAAACCGCCUGUUUGUACGAUCUCGCACACUAUGAUGGUUCACUGCUCUUCGUCGGACCGCUCUCAGUUGGCCUUACUCACAUGGCUGGACCUUCGGAAAAUAAUUGAACUCAACGUUGUUCAGCGGUUUUCGCACGAACUUGAUGACCGAAAGGUCCACCGUUCGGAAAAAAAUUCUUCAUCUUG